AUGGAGACGGGCAUCGGAUCCGUGGACGGGCCCAAGGGGGCGCCGAGCGGCGCGGUGGCGUGCCCCGCCACGUUCCCGGCGUCGGCGCCCACCUUCGUCGGCUCCCCUUCCGCCACGCUGGGGCGCCACCUGGCGCGGCGCCUGGUGCAGAUCGGCGUGAGCGACGUGUUCGCCGUGCCGGGCGACUUCAACCUGACCCUCCUCGACCACCUCAUCGCCGAGCCCGGGCUGCGCCUCGUCGGCUGCUGCAACGAGCUCAACGCCGGCUACGCUGCGGACGGGUACGCGCGCGCUAAGGGCGUCGGCGCGUGCGCCGUCACCUUCACCGUCGGCGGGCUCAGCGUGCUCAACGCCAUCGCCGGCGCGUACAGCGAGAACCUUCCCCUGAUCUGCAUCGUCGGCGGGCCGAACUCCAACGACUACGGCACCAACCGGAUUCUUCAUCAUACCAUCGGCCUCCCUGAUUUCUCUCAGGAGCUGCGGUGCUUCACGCCGGUGACGUGCUACCAGGCCGUCGUCAACAACCUCGACGACGCCCACGAGCAGAUCGACAAGGCCAUUUCCACGGCUCUCAAGGAGAGCAAGCCGGUCUACAUCAGCGUCAGCUGCAACCUCCCCGCCGUCCCCCACCCCACCUUCAGCCGCGACCCCGUCCCCUACUUCCUCGCACCAAGGAUGAGCAACCAGAUGAGCCUGGAGGCGGCCGUGGAGGCGACGGUGGCCUUCCUGGACAAGGCCGUGAAGCCGGUGAUGGUGGCGGGGCCCAAGCUGCGGGUGGCCAAGGCAGGCACGGCAUUCGCGGAGCUGGCCGACGCGAGCGGCUACGCGGUGGGCAGCUUCCAGGUAACGGCGCAGGACGUGUCCACCAUGCUCCGCUGCGGCCACAACAGCAUCAUCUUCCUCAUCAACAACGGCGGCUACACCAUCGAGGUCGAGAUCCACGACGGGCCCUACAACGUCAUCAAGAACUGGAACUACACCGGCCUCAUCGACGCCAUCCACAACGGCGAGGGAAACUGCUGGACCGCCAAGGUGACGUGCGAGGAGGAGCUGACGGCGGCCAUCGAGACGGCGACCGGGGACAAGAAGGACUGCCUGUGCUUCAUCGAGGUGGUGGCGCACAAGGAUGACACCAGCAAGGAGCUCCUCGAGUGGGGAUCCAGGGUCUCCGCCGCCAACUCCAGGCCACCCAACCCGCAGUAG